UGGACAGUGAAGGCAUCAUCUGCUCCUCUUCCCUCUGCUCUGAACGCCUCCAUUGGACUAAAGAGAGAGACGACUACUAUAAACAUACAAGAGUCCAAGAGGAGACGACCGGACAAAGUCAGAGUGAAACAACCCAACUUUUAUCACUUUUUUAACCAUUUUAGACUGAUUUCUGAACUUUAAUCCCCGUGUGUGCCGCUGCGACGUCUUCAUACCAUGCCAUCGUUUUUGAGAAACUUUUUUUUUCUCUUUUUGUUGCUUAAGAAGUAACAACCAUUUGUGUCUGGAGUUUGUGAUUUUUUUUGCAGGAUAUUUUCCCGCUAUUUGAAAUACGACAUGGGGAAUAAAAAGUUGCUGUGAUACUAAUUUCUCCACAUCGUCGACCAGAGAAGUUUCUCCAGCGGUGAGCAGCAAACGGCAUGUAGCUCAGGCUCCACGCACUUGAUCUUCCUCCUCCUCCACAUCAUCACAGUCGUCCUCCUCUCGGGUCAUCUUUGGGAAUGGGCCAGCGCCUUGCCAGGGUGCAUCUCUCCACCCGCUGGUGUGGCUGGCGUCGCGCAAGAGUGAGGGGGGCAGCGGCCAGGUCAUAGAGCCGGCCCACCCCUCUCUCCACACUCGCUUGCUCCUGAGUGACUUUUGACCUUUGACUCUGCCGCGACCUCUGGCCAGCCAUGCCCUUCCGGCUGAAGCUGCGGCGCACGCGGCGCUACAAUGUCCUGAGCAAGAACUACUUUGUGACCAGGAUUCGCCUGCUGGACAGCAACGUGAUUGAAUGCACCCUGUCAGUGGAGAGUACAGGACAGGAAUGUCUGGAGGCGGUGGCUCAAAGGCUGGAGCUGCGGGAGACACAUUUCUUUGGGCUGUGGUUCCAAGGGAAGACCCAGGCCCCGGUCCAGCGAUGGGUUGAGCUGGAGAAACCCCUCAAGAAGCAGUUGGACAAAUUUGGCAAUGAGCCGCUGCUGUUCUUUGGCGUCAUGUUCUACGUGCCCAACGUUUCUCGGCUGGAGCAGGAGGCUACAAGAUACCAGUAUUACCUGCAGCUGAAGAAAGAGGUGUUAGAUGGACGUCUCCACUGCACAGUAGAGCAGGGGAUCAGACUAGCAGGCCUAGCAGUACAAGCUGACUUUGGAGAUUUCACCCAGUUCAUGUCUCAGGACUUCCUCAGGGAGUACGUGCUCUUCCCAGUGAACUGGCCGACAGGAGAAGAAGUGCUUGAAGAGUGGACUCAGAAGGUUGCAGAGGAGCACAAGAGCCACUGUCGAAUGCAGACUGCAGAAGCCGAGCUCUUGUACAUCAAGGAGGUGGAGAAGCUGGAUGGUUUUGGCCAGGAGAGCUUCGCUGCCAAGGACAACUACACCAAUGAUAUUUUUAUUGGUGUGUCCUUUGUUGGCGUGUUUGUCAAACACAGGAACGGCAGAUCCAUCAUGCUCCACAAGUGGAAGGACAUCGGUACUAUAGCACACAACAAGUCAGCCAUCACAGUGGAGAUAACAAGCAGAGACGACACCAUCGUUUUUCACAUGGAGGAUAUGGAGAUGGCCAAGUACAUCUCUCGACUGUUCACAUCUAGACACAAAUUCUACAAACAGAACAAGAUUUGUGCAGAGCCCACUCACUCACCUGCACCAAUCAGGAGGAGACCCACCUGGACUCACCGUCUUUCUCUGCCACGUCCUCAGUCCUGUAACUUCCAGUCAAUGCAUUCCCAGUACGGAGAGCCGUAUCAAGACACACAGAGUUCUCAAGACAGCAUCUUUCAUGACGAUCCCUACUACAAGUCAGAAACAAGUUUGGAUCGCUGCCCCUUGGACUUCCCUUUCAGGAAUGGUACCGUGCCAAACGGCAGCAUGUACAGCAGCCCCAGCCUGAGCUCCCUCAAUCACUCCCAGACUUUUGUCCCACCCUCGCCGAUAUCUUCGAACCUCAGCAUCCCAGGCAGUGAGCUCAUGCGGCCCGACUACAUCCCCAGCCACCGCCACAGUGCCAUCAUCGCUCCGUCCUACAGACCCACGCCUGAGUAUGACACUGUGAUGCGGCAGAAGCGGCGCAUGCUCCCCACUCACCAUGACCUCCACAGCCAAUCGCUGCGGAGUCUGAACAUCAGUAACGCCUGUGCAUACCGCCAGCCUGAAUCUCUGGUUUACAGCCAGCCGGAGAUGAGGGAGCGAGGCCCUUACCACGGCCUGGGGCCCAGCCCUGGACCAUAUACACCACAGAUUAGCUACAGCAAACCAGUGUCUCAUGGUCCUCACCAGGGAGGACCAGCCAGCAGCAAAGGUCCCUGUCACUCACCCUGUGUUAACGGUGUUGGAGGAGGUGUUGGUGGUGGUCCCGGGGGUGCAGGCGUGGGGAGCUCCAUCUCUCACACUGUCAGCACACCAGAGUUGGCCAACACCAAACAGCAGGGGACCAACGCUGGAAGCUACGCAGCUACAGCUAACAUGCUGAGAAACCACAUGUCUCGACCUCCUCCACCUUACCCUUCCAGCGCGUUCCGGCCAGCCACCAGUACACCUGAUCUGGCCAGCCACCGUCACCGCUGCAUUGGGGGCAGCAGCCCCGAACUUGUUACCCGCAUGGUGCAGUUGUCGGUCAAGACUUUCCAGCCAGACAGCUCUGCCGUUGUGCACCAGUCGCUGCAGGAGGUCAGUGAACCACUAACUGCUGCUGCUAAGCAUCGCUCCACUCUGGGCAAGAGACACAGUAUGGAGGUGAUCAGUAGCAUGAGAGCAGGAGGAGGAGGAGGAGGAGGAGGAGGAGGCGGGAUGGAAGGUUUAGUCAUGAAAGGCAUCAAUGCUCCGCUCCAUCGGAGGAACACUCUCAGAGAACAUGUGAUGCCGCCUCAGCCUCAGCCCAUUCCUCAACCUCAGGCCCAAACCCCUCAGCCACAGCCUCCACCACAGCAGACAAAGGAGCUGCCCAUGCAGAUGCCUGUCCAGAAAACACCAGAACCCUCUGUGACAGCACCCGCACCUGUGGCCUAUCAGCAUCAAAAGACUCUUUCUAAUGCUACCAUGCUCAUACACAGUAGUGAGAGUGAAGAAGAGGAAGAGGAGGAGGAGGAGAGGCCGGAGCUGGACGUUCAAAUCCCAAGUCUCAACGAGGACAUCAGCAUCAGUGCUCAGCUUCAGGCUGCUCUGGCCAAACUGCCAAACAAACCGCCGCCAGAAUAUCCUGGUCCUCCCAGGCCCGCUGCUAACACUCAGAUGAGGAACCACAAUCAUAACCACACACAUCACCACACCCACAAUCAAGGACCACAGAACAACCAGGGACCAGUGGACCCAAACCACGCUCACGGCAGAGUCCUUACCAGUGGGCCGAGCCAGGGUGAUGUCAGACAUGAAGAAGACUGUGGUACGGGUCCUGGUGGGACGCUGACCCGCGGGGAUCAGAAUGGAGUGAACGGGGCCGUUUUGGGUCCGUCUAUCUCAGAACCAGACCUGACCAGUGUGAAGGAGAGGGUGAGGAAGGAGCCCGUCAAAGAGAGGCCAGUGUCAGAGAUGUUCUCCCUGGAGGACAGCAUCGUGGAGAGAGAAAUUGCUCAAAGGACGCUGGAAAGACAGAAGAUGUCGGUGGACUCCAUGAAGAGACCUCUGAUGAUGGCCGCCCUUAAUGGACUCUAUGUGGCCCGGAUGCCGGUUCCUAAGAGUCCAACAGAGGACGGCAGCAAGUCUGCUACCGACGAGCGGUGUAAGACCCUGGAGUUGAAGCUGGAAGAGGAGCGGGUCUUCACCGAGUAUGAGCAGGUGCCCAAGAAGAGAACCAACUGUGUUCUCACUACAGCGACAUUGCCCGAAAAUGCGGAGCGAAACCGCUUCAGGGACGUGGUUCCCUACGAAGAGAACAGGGUGGAGCUGGUGCCCAACAAGGAGAACAACACGGGCUACAUCAAUGCCUCACACAUCAAGGUGAUGAUCAGGGGGGAGGAGUGGCACUACAUCGCCACCCAAGGACCACUGGCCAACACCUGCGCCGACUUCUGGCAGAUGGUCUGGGAGCAAGGGGUCAACGUUAUCGCUGCGGUUACGGCAGAAGAGGAGGGCGGACGGUCCAAGAGCCACCGCUACUGGCCUAAACUGGGCUCCAAACACAACUCAGCCACACACGGCAAGUUCAAGGUGACCACAAAGUUCCGCACCGACUCGGGCUGCUACGCCACCACAGGUUUGAAGGUCAAACACCUGUUGUCAGGUCAGGAGAGGACAGUCUGGCACCUGCAGUACACUGACUGGCCUGAGCAGGGCUGCCCUGAAUAUGUUGUAGGAUUCCUCUCCUAUCUAGAGGAGAUCCAGUCUGUGAGGAGACACACAAACUCCAUGAUGGACACCUCCAAGAGCCUCAACCCUCCUGUGGUGGUUCACUGCAGCGCUGGAGUGGGUCGCACCGGGGUGGUCAUCCUCACAGAGCUGAUGAUCAGCUGCCUGGAGCACAAUGAGCCUAUGGAAGUUCCAGCCAUGCUGUCGGAGCUGAGGCAGCAGAGGAUGCUGAUGGUGCAGACCAUCUCCCAGUAUAAGUUUGUCUACCAGGUCCUCAUCCAGUUCCUCAAGAACUCUCGCCUCAUCUGAGCAAGUAAUGAUGUGGCUGAGUCAGAACCUCCGUUUGCAGGUUUAAAGUGACGACAGUGUUUUUUCUGGUCAUUCUUCGUAUCAGAUGGGAAUUCUUUUUUAUCCCUGCUCCUAGUUUUCUCCGUCAGGUCACUGUCAGAGAGUCAAGUGACGCUUAAAUCCUGCCGGCGUUCAAAUAGUUUUCUGUCCCUGUGCCCCUGGUGCUCAUGAGAUUUUUUGUCUUUGUUAUACAGGUCUGAAGCUUAUUAACACAGUGCUACAUUUCAAACUCACUCCUCAGCAGGCUUUACGCUGCAUGAACAGUAGGUGGCAGCAGUAUUGCUGCUAAACUCUUAGUGUGCUCUGAAAGAAAGAAAUAACAGAAAUAUGCUCUAAAAAAUCACAUUUUAAUAUUUUCUCAUACUUUAACAGAGUAUUGAUUAACUCGGCAAAUAUUUACUUUAACAGUUAACAGUUUUUAUAAUUUAUUUCUACUAUGAACGAGGUCACAUUUGCCUUGAAACACAGCAUGAACAAACGUGUCAGUGAAUGUUUUUUUUAAAUGCUUCUUUUUAAGGAACUAUUUCAAUGAACAAAUCAUUUCAAAUGUCUGUCCAGUUCAUUGAAGAUAAACAUCUGACUGAUGUCAAACAGGGAAGCGUGUCCUUAUACUGUAUAUACAGCAAAUACUGUAUUUUAAUGCCUUACUUAAAACUUAAAACAAUGGUUUGUGAUGUACUGGACGAGUUUAGUAAAAAAAAAAAAAAAAACUCCAAAAAAUAAUCUUCAAGUUUUUGUGUCAUUACAAAAACAAUAAUAUUUCAAAUCCUUUACCUAAAUCUUGGGUAAAGACAGAACACAAUGAGAAAUGUGAUAUUUUAUUUGUGAUUCAGUCCUGGUGAAUCUUGUUUAUAAAAAUCACUUAGAAACCGCAAGAAAAAAUUCUCAAAGAUUCAUAUUAUCGUAUUGUUUAUGUAAUAACCAGCCAUGUCUUCAAUAACAUUGUACAUAUAACGGGCAUGAGAAAGAAAAAUCAAACUAUUUUAUGUAUUAUAUGUGUUGUUGUUUUUUUGUUUUUGACUUGGUACCCUCAAAAUACCGCAACUUAAUCAACUAUGCAUGCCUUUUUAUAUAUUUCAGUGUAUAUAUUCUCAGAUAAGUAUAAGCUCUCUGUUGACAUGUAAGUGUUUUGUUGCACUUCGGUUGUUUUCGUGACAGUAUUUUUUUUUUUCCACAAGGCAUUCCACACUUUAAUAUUUAAUCCUAAUCCCCGUUUGUCUUCCCCUGUUUUUGGCCAAACUUCUAAAUAUGUUACUGAGUAUGUGUACAUAUGUUUUGUAUAUGUGUUUUCAGUGCAUCUCUUUUUUUUCUCCCCAGACUUGUAUGAAACUGUCAUACUUGGCUAUUAUGCAAUAAAGCCUUAUUUU